ACCGAUGCUGAAAGAGAAGAAAGGUAUAGCUAGUACCUAGCAUAGACAAAUCCAUCAUCCAUAUGAGAAAGAGUUGUUGAGUAUCAAAAGGCAGCGAUGGCAAUUCCGUGGUCAAACAUUUCCAUCGUGUACUUCCUUGUUAUAUCUGUACUCAAUAUUUUGCUGCUUCAUUAUUCUGCGGUUACCGGAGAAACUUUUGAGUAUUAUUAUGACACUGCCUCUCUAAAACGAAGCAGCUUCCCAGAGGACUUCAUAUUUGGUACAUCGUCUUCUUCAUAUCAGUAUGAAGGUGCAGUGAAUGAAGGAGGCAAAGGUCCAAGUAUAUGGGACACUUUCACAAAGAAAUAUCCAAAUAAAAUAAAGGAUGAGAGCAGCGGAGAGAUAGCGGUUGAUUCAUACCAUCGUUUCAAGGAGGAUGUACAAAUAAUGAAGGAAUUAAGGUUUGAUGCUUAUAGAUUUUCCAUCUCAUGGUCAAGGAUCCUACCAGGUGGAAACUUAUCAAUGGGAAUAAAUAGCGAAGGCAUGAUAUAUUACAACAACCUCAUCAAUGAAAUUCUAAGAAAAGGUUUGACACCCUUCAUAACACUUUUCCAAUACGAUUAUCCCCAAAGUCUCGAGGAUGCAUAUGGUGGCUUUUUGAGUCCUCAAAUUGUGAAGGAUUUCACAGACUAUGCAGAGGUAUGCUUCAAAGCAUUUGGUGAUAGGGUGAAGUACUGGAUAACCUUUAAUGGGCCAUCCAUUUUCUCUAAAUUGGGUUACACAAUUGGAAAAUAUGCUCCUGGAAGAUGCUCAAGUUGGCUAAACUUGAACUGCACCGGUGGUGAUUCAGCUACUGAGCCCUACAUUGUUACCCACCACCAACUUCUUGCCCAUGCUUCUGCUGUCAAACUCUUUAGGGAAAAGUACCAGGGUACACAAAUGGGACAAAUUGGGAUCAUUCAUGGCACUGACUGGGUUGUACCCUUGUCCCAAUCCAAGGAAGACAUUGAUGCAACAUCUAGAGCACUGAGUUUCUUGUUCGACUGGUUUAUGGAACCGUUGCAUUCUGGUUCGUAUCCAGCUAUAAUGAUUGAGAAUGUGGGAGAAAGACUGCCAAAGUUUACCGAAAAAGAAUCAGAUAUGUUGAUAAAUUCUUUUGAUUUUAUUGGAAUAAAUUACUACUCUUCAGUUUAUGCAGCUGAUAUCAAAUGCCCAACUCAAAAUAAAACCUACCUUACGGACUCAUGUGCUGACCUUACCUUUGAGCGUAAUGGAAUACCCAUCGGGCCAAGGGCUGCUUCAGAUUGGAUAUACCUUUACCCUCAAGGAAUUGAAGAAUUAUUAAUGUACAUCAAGAUCAAAUACAACAACCCAAUCAUAUAUAUAACAGAGAAUGGUUAUGACAAUUUUAGUGACGAAAAUCAAUCACUCAAAGACCAAACAAGGAUAGAUUGUUACGUUCAACAUCUUUCACAUGUUCAUAAUGCUAUAAGGAAUGGGGUCGAUGUGAGAGGCUACUUUAUAUGGUCGCUUUUGGAUAAUUUCGAAUGGUGCGAUGGUUACACUGUUCAAUUUGGGAUUGUCUAUGUUGAUUUUGCUAAUGGAUUAAAGAGAUAUCCAAAGGAUUCAGCCAAAUGGUUUAAGAAUUUUCUCCAUCAAGAAUAUAAAUCCCAGUGAAAAUGUUGAUGGAUGUAGACAGCAGCUUAUUAUUCUCUUCAAAGAAAAUUAAAGAAAUUUUUACGUAGUAUAUUUCCUACUUUUUAC